AUGGACGAGUCGAACAUGACAUCUUUUGUGGUCGAACAGUCCGCGAACGCCUCAUCCGACAGGAACGCCUCCGUCGGGGACCCGCACCAGAAAAUCCCAGUCGUGCACUGGGUCAUCAUGAGCCUCUCCCCGCUGGGCUUUGUGGAAAACGGAAUUCUGCUCUGGUUCCUCUGCUUCCGGAUGAGGAGAAACCCUUUCACGGUCUACAUCACCCACUUGUCCAUAGCGGACAUCUCGCUGCUCUUCUGCAUUUUCAUUCUGACUGUCGACUACGCUUUAGAUUAUGAGCUCUCUUCUGGCUAUUACUACACAAUUGUCACCUUGUCGGUGACGUUUCUGUUUGGCUACAACACAGGCCUCUACCUGCUGACGGCCAUAAGCGUGGAGAGGUGCCUGUCGGUCUUGUACCCCAUCUGGUACCGGUGUCAUCGCCCUAAGCACCAGUCGGCGUUCGUCUGCGCCCUCCUGUGGGCGCUGUCCUGUUUAGUGACCAGCAUGGAAUACGUCAUGUGCAUUGACAGCGAAGGGCAGAGUCACUCCCGAAGUGACUGCAGGGCGGUGAUCAUCUUCAUAGCUGUCCUGAGCUUCCUGGUCUUCACCCCGCUCAUGGUGGUGUCCAGCACCGUCCUGGUGGUGAAGAUCCGAAAGAACGCGUGGGCAUCUCACUCCUCGAAGCUGUACAUGGUCAUCACGGUCACCAUCGUCAUCUUCCUCAUUUUCGCCAUGCCCAUGAGACUCCUCUACCUGAUGUACUACGAGCACUGGUCGGCGUCUGGAAACUUCCACCACAUUUCUCUCCUCUUCUCCACCAUCAACAGCAGCGCCAACCCCUGCAUCUACUUCUUCGUGGGCAGCAGCAGGAAGAAGCGGUUCAAGGAGUCCUUAAAGGUCGUUCUGACCAGGGCUUUCAAAGAUGAAAUGCAGCCCAGGCGCCAGGAGGACAGUGGCAAUGCCACCGCCAUCGAGACCGUCGUCUGA